CGAGAAUAAAAUUGUUGUUAUAUUUUAUUUGUAAUUCCAUGAUGUCCUGAAAAUAACAAAAGUAUAACGAGUAAAAGUUAUAUUUGGAGAAGUAUUUUGUACAAAACAUACAAAUCGUGCGUGAAGUGCCUAGGUUUCUUUGUCUAACAUGUGUAGUGUUAGCAUAACAUUCAACAGUUAAUUAAAACGUUAUAAUUUUCUCACAUCAAUAUUCUGGAAAUGAUUUCUUCAGUAGUAAGUUAACGUGUAUCAAAAAUGUCCGAAUACGAUCUUCAGUUUCAAGAGGAUCUGGAAAAGGCGCAGGCUCUGAGUUUAGAAAGUCUUGCAUUGGAACAGUUUCGAAGGCAAAAGCAUUUAGCUAGUUCAGAUAAUGUGCAAGACGCGGGGAAUGCUACUAUACGUCGCAAGGAGGACUGUGAAGGACCACUACCGGCAUUGCCACCUCCGCCACGGAAACCACCACGACGUACUUCCAGCACUGAGAGCGCUAGGUCGACUGGCACAAGUCCUACAAGAAUUGAGAGCAAAGACCUGAUAUCAUUUACCAGCCCUACAAGUAAAACCGCACCAAAGGACUCUCAUGCGUACCUCAAGGAUUAUAUUGACCAGAUUUCAAAAUUGGGUCAGCAAACAGAAGAAUUAACAAUUUCAACCCCCGAACAAGCCACAAUGAAUAAUCAGUAUAAUCAAAGGCCGGGCUACAAUUAUCCACCUAGUAGCCAGUACCCUUACAAUUACCCAACUCCGUACAUGCCGGUACCUCCAUAUCCUCCGUCUACACCUUAUGGCAUGCCUGCCGCAUACCCCUACUACCCAGUGCAAGAAAUUCCACCUCCAUAUGUGCCCCAAGCUCCCCAACCCCCAAUCUAUGCACCAACAGUACCAUAUACUCAGACACGAAUGGCCGCUCCAUAUAUUCCAUAUCAGUCUCAAUAUAAUUACAACACAACUAAUAUGAUAACAAGACCGACACGGCCAAUUUACCCACAAUUAAGUCAAAUGCACACAUACCCCACACAAAAACCGGCACAAAAAGUCGAAAUUGAAAAUAAUAAUACACAAGUCAACGAUCAAAAGGCUCGGAAUUCGGAGGUCAGCGUUGAGACAAACGAAGCAGUGGACACAGUAGGCAGUUUACCGAAAUCCCAGAACUUGAUAGACUUCGGACUGAAGCCGCAAGGUAGCGUAAGAGUCAGUGUGCUCGAGGCCUUUGACCCGCUUUUAACUGAGCAAAAUCAUUCGGACUACGCAGCAGGUAGUCCGUCGUCGAGCGUACGUAGCGUGUACGAAGAUUACGAUCCGUUGGAUUUCUUGUAUGGAGAGACGGUACUACGAGAAGCCCCGAUAUAUGGGACCAUAAAUAAAAAAGAAAUGUUGCCAUCACCACCUCCAAAAUCAAUUCCAAGUGUUGCUCCAACAGUUAAACGACCGACUACGAAUAAGCUAUACGACUGUAUAGAGAAGAUACACACAAGGAAUUACGACAGCGAGCACAAGGCGUUUUUGAAAAUGGUCUUAGAUGUUAGAAAAAAGUUUGUACACACCGAUGAGAAAACCAACCCAGGGCAUGUGAUAGCCGGACGCUCGGGUGGCAAAUACCCGCCCAAUACCAGUAUAAAGAUUCUAGUCUAUAACUCACACACAGAUGAACCCAUCACAUUCACUUCUGAUGCGGAGUCAACAGUAGAUCAUGUAAUCCUUACAGUAGUGUGUUCUCUUGAUGAAGAUAUUCGAGAGGAUAUGUCAGGAUAUAUGCUAAGGGUAUGGGGUGCCAAAGAAUACUUAACGCCGGGUAGUUCACUAAGCGAGUACGAUUAUAUACGUGAAUGUGUACGCUUAGAAAAGGACGUACGUCUGUGCUUAAGUGAGGGGAAAGAUACGUCACUAGCAAGGACAGAAAGAGAUGACGCGAAGGACACGCAUCUGACUUUAGAUGAUUUGAUACCAGUACAAGGAGCGACGCUUGUGUUGACGUUUGAUAAUUUGUCUAUUCUGCUAGAGACCUUAGAAGGAGAAUUAUCCCGGGCAGUAGGUGUUGUAGGCGCUGAAGGCUGUUGUUCGCCAAAUGGCGUGUUUCAAGCCGUCAAAGCUAUAUGCGCACUCGCAGGUGGACUUGAAACGUUGCAUGUCACGCAUACGUUGAACGCGUUCGCUCAAGCUUGUACUGCACAGGUAACAGGCGCAGUGCGUCCUGAAAUCCAGUCAGACAACGGUCCCUACUGUUCUGUGUCUGUACGUGCGGCCAACGUGCGCGAAACGCUCGUACAACAGUGUGUGCGCGUUCGGGAUGCUGUUAGAGGAUUGUUGGCACUCUAUACUAGGAGCAGUUUGUUGGACUUUAGAUUACCAGAUUCUCCUAUAAUGACGCCUGAUCCGUCAAAAGCCGUCCCAGCAGAUACAAUAACAGAAACGACAUUAUUCUGUAUCGAAGCAGUGCAUUGUCUACCCCACUGCUGGAAUCAUGACGAAUUCCUAUUUCAUGCACAAAUAUACUACGGCACGAGACCUCUCAAGACCUUACACCUCACUCACACCUCUGGAAUCGAAAACGGCGGCUUUUAUCCGCGCAUCAUAUUUGAUAUAUGGUUAAACAUGGAAGACAUGCCAAUCUAUUCCCUUCCUCGUGAAUCGCGUCUAGUUCUGACGUUAUACGGUCGUACGCAGCGGACGGACUCGCACGAGCCAGACGCGAACACGCACGUACAAGAAGGCAGCGCAGUGGGGGAUGUACAAUAUGUACAAACGGAACUAGGAUGGGCGGCUAUACAGAUGUUUGACUAUGAUGGCAUGUUAAUGUCAGGCAGCUACGUGCUUCCCUUGUGGCCCAGCUGCUGCGAUAGAAGGCUCGGCCCGGCCCCGCAUCCCGCCGCCUCACCCCCCUCGCCCUACCCUCUUCUCAAUAUCGAAAUCCCUUCAUACAACCGCUUGGGUGUGAAAUGGGUGGAAGCAGAGGAGAAAUCCAUAUCAGUCAAGGAUUUACCAUCGUUUGAGUCCCUGGACGGUCACACUCAGUCGCAGUUGCUCCAUCUGACUGAACAGGGAGCUUAUCAGAGGAUGCCCAUCGAAUGUAGGGAGAUAAUGUGGGAAAAAAGGCAGUAUUUAGUGGAGCUCCCUGGAGCCUUGCCACUGGUUUUAUUAGCUGCGACCAACUGGGCAGGAGAACAAAGAGCUCAAUUGAUAGGUCUGAUGCAGUUGUGGGAGAAACCAUCACCACUUAACGCGAUGCAUCUUCUUCUACCUUGUUUCCCAGAUCUGGCAGUUCGCAAAUUAGCCGGUGAGAUGAUACAAGGCAUGUCUGACGAUGAUUUUAUAAGAGUUCUACCACAACUUGCGCAGGCACUUCGUUACGAGACGUACGAGUGUAGUACUUUAGCUGAGGUACUAUUAUCAAGAGCUUUGUCGUCACCAGGAAUCGCACACAAACUGUUUUGGCUUUUGGUACACUCGUUACCUAAUGUGCCACAGGCAUCAAGUGAAGAGUUUUUGGGGAUAAGUCUAGAAGAGAACGGUAGUGAUAGUGAAUCUCCAGACGCAAGUAUCACAAGUGCUUGGAGAUACAGGAUGGUGCUGAAAGCUUUGCUUGCUGUUUGUGGAGACGCACUUAGGGACACCCUGUUGAGGCAGCAGAUGCUUGUUAAGAAUGUAUCAGAAGUAGCGAUGUCAGUAAAAUGCGCCAAAGAAAACCUUAGACAGCGAGCUUUAUAUAUGGGAGGAGAAAAACUGGCGACAUUUUUGCGUCAAGAACCUGCUGCAUUGCCUUUCGCAUUACAUCGCUAUGUUCACGAUAUUGAUAUUAAGUCGUGUUCGUACUUCUCAUCCAACACGUUGCCAUUAAAAAUCAACUUCAUCGGUGUGGACAACGCAGUUGUACCUGCCAUGUUUAAGGUCGGCGAUGAUCUCAGACAAGAUGCGUUAGUGUUACAAGUGAUCAAAGUGAUGGAUAGUCUGUGGCUUAACGCAGGUCUCGAUCUCAGGAUUGUCACAUUUCAAGCGCUUCCUACCAGUAAUAAAAGAGGGAUGAUAGAAAUUGUAUCAGAAGCGGAAACAUUACGCGCGAUACAAACGGAAUGGGGGCUCACGGGCUCGUUCAAGGACAAGCCCAUAGCUGAGUGGCUCGCAAAGCACAACCCAUCGGAGCUUGAGUACCAAAGGGCUAGAGAUAAUUUUACUGCUUCGUGUGCCGGGUACAGUGUGGCUACGUAUUUACUGGGCAUAUGUGACAGGCACAACGAUAAUAUCAUGUUGAAGACGUCAGGACACCUCUUCCAUAUUGAUUUUGGGAAGUUUCUCGGCGAUGCGCAGAUGUUUGGAAACUUUAAACGUGACCGGGCACCUUUUGUAUUAACUCACGACAUGGCGUACGUAAUUAAUGGCGGAGAUCGGCCCACGCAGCGCUUCCAGCAUUUCGUGGAAUUGUGCUGUAUGGCUUUCAAUAUAGUGCGAGCACAUCACGAUCAUAUACUGGAUCUUUUCGCUUUGAUGGCGAUGUCAGGCGUGACAGGCGUCACGAGCACGGCCGUAAACUACGUGCGAAGUGCGUUGUUGCCCGCCGCCACCAACGCUGAGGCCGCGGCUGCCUUCGCCAGACUCAUACAUUCCUCGCUCAAGAGCAAAUUUACACCAAUCAACUUCUUCCUACACAAUUUGGCGCAAUUGCGUGCGAGUGGAGACCAGGGGACUAACACUUCGGAAUUACUGUCCUUCAUGCCGAGAACUUAUUCUAUGGCACAAGAAGGUCGUAUAGUACGCGUUGAGUGUCUCAGUUACGAAAAGCGCUACGACCCCGAAAAGCACUACGUAUACGCUCUACGUGUGUACAGACAAGGCCAGGCCACGCCCGCGAUUCUCUACCGGAGCUAUAAACACUUCACCGAGCUAUAUCAGAAGAUAUGUCUUCAUUUCCCACUCGCCAAAGUGCACAGUCUACCCUCCGGUCUACACGUGGGUCGUUCAAACAUUCGUCAAGUGGCCGAGAGACGUUUUGGUGAUGUCCAAGCAUUUCUCACGUCACUCUUCAACCUAGCAGACGAAAUAGCACACUCGGAUCUCGUCUACACCUUUUUCCAUCCACUCUUGAGGGACCAACAGGAUGUCGAACCACAAAGGAUGAGAAGAGGUGAGACAGCGGAAGUGGAGAGCAGUGGAUCGGGAUCUUUGAAGCUGUCAGUUCAAUAUACUGGUGGAGUUCUGUCAGUGCUGAUACUACAUGCGCAGUCGUUGGCCGUAACGCCUCAGGGAUUGCCGCCUAACCCAUAUGUUAAGGUAUACCUAGUCCCAGACCCCACCAAAGAGACGAAACGAAAAACGCGCGUGCUCAAACGCAACUCGCACCCAUCAUUUAUGGAGAUGUUGGAAUAUCGCUUACCCCUGGACGUUCUCAAGAACAGAAGCCUUCAAGCCACUGUAUGGCAUUACGAUUCCUUACAGGAGAAUCAGUUUUUGGGUGGUGUGGUGGUACCUUUAGGUUCCUUGCCUUUAAGGCAAGAAACGGUGGCCUGGUACCCACUGGAGUACAUACCCCGGUAGCUAGUACUCGCUCGCUCCGCUAUGUGGAGUACGGACUUUUUUAGAUAGAAAUUUUGGAAAUGUAGUUAUUAUCGAUAUUUUUUUUACUAUACUUGUUUUUCUAAAUCAGGUCUUUUUGUACGCAAAAUCUAAGUGCGAAAUAUGGGAAUUUCCUAAAAACUACUUGGGGCCGUUCAAGUAUUACGUAAGGACUAUAGGGGCAGGGGGCCGCUAUGAUUUGGUGGCGUCAUCAGUAAUUAUUUACUUUUUUACACAUACUACCCACACAUUGUCUAUGUUUGAAAAUGAAAUGCCUUUCCAAAGUUUUCUUCAAAAAAUUAAUGUACUAUUAUUUUACGGAGCUUUGCUUACUUUUGCUGACAAGAGGGGAGGGGGGAUAUUGCAGUAAAUCUGCUUACGUAAUAUUUGAACGGCCCCUUGUAGCAAAUGUUUAUAUACACCGGUAAACUUUGACUUGUCUAAGAGCAUUUAUGAGUUCUUGAAAUUGUACAUUCCAAAAAUUAUGAUUUGUGAUACAAAUGUUAUCGGAUUGGAAUUUGGAAAAUUCAAAUCAAUUAUACCUAUAUAAAGUGCAAUUAAUCAGUAAUUUGCCACGAUUUUGUUGCCUACAUAUGUGGAAAUGAAUUCGAUAAAAAACUGGCCAUUAGCGGGCAUUUAGAAUAAUAGCUUUUAAUUAUUUUUCCGAUGUAUUUUAUUUUUUGAUACAUUUAUUUAAAUUAUAAUCUAUGAUUUUUCUAUAAUGUCGCUUAUACAUCAGUAGUAUUGUUUCUUGGUGCUGAUAAUAAUUACAUUAUUGCUUAUUCCUAUAUGAUAAUACUAAUGAAAUAAUUAAAAAAAAUAUUACAAAGAAGCAAAGCGUUUAAUAGUGGAAUGAUGUGUGAGUGUGUUUUUUUUAUUAUUUUUAAUUAAAAUAAUAUCAGUAGAGAAAAUUGUAAAACAUUAUUAUCAAAUGUAUUUUAUAAACGUAAUUGUUAUUAUGCAAUUUUUUUGAACAUAUCGUAAUCGACAUUAAAGUAGUAUUGAGAUCUGAAUGGUGGGAAGAUGUUUUUAAUAUCGUAUAUUAUACCUAUAUAGAUAUUUUUAGAGGAUUAUUUAUUGUCAUAGUAACAGCGAUUCGUCUAUUAGGCCCCACAGAGCAAGUCAAGCCGCGCUGUCAAGUGUCAAACUUGACAGUGACAGCUAGUGACUUUCACGUUCUGCAAUGCGAAGCCUAUUGUGAUGUGCAGUAUUUGUGCUUAAUACUUAUAAAGGAACGAUGGAUGAUAUAGCACAAAUGAACUAGGAGUUUUGUUGUAUUGAAAUUGAGUAUUUAUUGCUUGGUGUUAAAGUGCGUUUUUUAAGGCACGUCCAGCUUGUAUUACUGUCUUGUUGAAAAGGAUAGGAAAAUAGUGCAUAAGGUGUUAUUGGUGUUUAUGUAUAUGUCGCAGCCAACUAGCUUAAUUAGCCGUUCAAUUAACAGCCUAGCCGUUUAACUAGUGGCCCGGAAGAUGUUCAGCCAGUUGAUCAAAUAGCCAGGCAUGGUUAAUAUGGCGUCGUCAAGCACCAACUUUGAUGGUGUUUUCUAAACUUUCAUGAAAAACAACAAGUACAAUGUAAGAGUGUAGAGAAUUUAACUCAAGGAAUUUAAUUUUACAAGGAAUAUUUUUUAUGUCAUCUUUUUUUAUUUCUGUCAAAUAAUGACUAUCGUACGAAUGGCCUAAGCGUUAGCCAGCAAGUUUAUUAAAUGUUGUAACAAACGCUACGGCUGAAUAUCUUUCAGGCUGCUAGUUAAACGGCUAAUUAAGCUAUUUGGCUGCGACAUAUAUAUUUAAAUUGUCAAUCAAUGACGUUGAAUCAAACUAAUAACAUUAACACUAGAAGUUGAGGCUCUGGCGUCCUCGAUUCUCAAUUAAAAAGUAAUAACUAUUCAAAUUGUUUAUGUUUAAACUACAUUUUGCCUUUAUUUAUUAUUGUAAGUUGAAAGGCCAGUAAAAUUAUUACGAACCAUUUACAUAUGUAAUCAGACAUUAUCUAAUGUCAGAGAUGAGCAUAAUCGUGGUUUAUUUAAAAAAAAAAACAAGUCUAAUUGGCUAAUUUCAUUGAAACUUUAACAGUAUAUUAACCCGCAAUCGAUAUCUUAUCUCAGUUUUUGAAAGUGUAAUUAAAAUGUUAUUUUUGAAAUAAAAACACUGUAUAUUUAAAUUUGAGUAAUCCUUUAAUGUAUGGACCCAUAUCAAAUACCAUUCCUGUUAAAGCUGCCAUUUUAUAUAUAGGCGUUAAACAUCACAAGCGUGUUACAAGUAUGGCACGAUUAUAUAAUCAUACUUUAUAGAUGACGGUACAUAAAUAGAAAAAACAUAGGUAAAUUGAGAAACGCCUGAAACACUCUGGUACUCUGUAACUCCGCAGUAGCGAUACCAAUAAUGUUGUUAUUUUGUUAAAUUCCAUGUACUUUUCUUGGCCGGUAAGAGCGGCCAUUGAUAUUAGUAUUGCCAGUAAAUAAAAAUUAACAAUUAUAAGGGGAAUAAUUUACAGUCAUGCAAGCCAACAUAAUAAUUUAUUGAGAUGUCUUCAUAAAGCAAUGCAUCUGGAAAAUACAGGUCUAGGCUUAAAUAAAUGUGACACAAACUUAGUAAUAACUAAUAUGACAGGUUGACCUUUACUAUUAAUAUAAUAUCUUUCAAGAUACCUAGUAAUCAAAGCCGUUCGUUAAUUAAAACUUUGCCGUUGUAAUGCAAGGAAUAAAAUAAAUACAUUUUAGUUGGAGUUUGACUAGGUGUUGGUAGAUAAAUAAAAUUAUUUGUUGUACGCACUAAAAUGGCGACGGUAGUAUCAAUUUGAACCGCCGGCCAAGAAAAUUAUGUGGCAUUGUGUCGUGUUCUUAGGUAUCGACAGCGCUACGGCAUAGAGCAUCUCAUAUGGGUAUAAAAUCUUCGCUUGUUACAGAAUACCGAAGACGUUAGCCCUGAGCAAUGAGCAUCCAUCGUUCCUAAUAUCUGCUUCCAGUAUUUGCUCAAAUUGUUUUAACAUUGAGCACCGACUGAUAACUAACGUGUACAUACUUUAGAUAGAUUUUGUAUCAAUUUUUCUGCAUCGUGUAAACGAGACAUAAUAAUUUGUUGCAUUUUAAUUUGUAAUAAACUGCUGCGAUAUA